AUGCAACUUCGUUUUGAUGGCUGCUUUGGUUUUCCUGGUGGAUUUGUUGAUGAAGGGGAAGAUUUGGAGACAGCAAUAAACAGAGAGGUUGUUGAAGAGCUUGGGAAAACUGUAGAACCAGUGAACAUUGAAAAAGACAACUAUGUUAUUUCUCAUUUAUACGAGGAAAAUGUUCCUGAAUUGAACUUGACAAAGAAACUUUGCCUGCACUUCUUUGCAAAGAAGGUUCCCCUGGCACAGUUCCUUGAACUUGAAAAAAGGAACCCCGAUGCCCCCGACCUUGGAUAUGAGGUAAGACUGCCAUUAGUAGUCAAGUACAUGUAGUUUCAGCCAUGGGUGAGGAGAUGGUUGGGGGUGGGGUACUCUCCCAAUAGUUGGGUAAAAGUUAGCCAUUGAAGGUUUGAAACCCUGACCCUGUUUGAGACAAACAAAUACUAAAAUGCAUACCCUGUUAAGGACAACAUCCUCAAUUUUAUUAACCUGUUCAGGACAAAGGACAAAAUGCACACCGUCUUGUUUUAAGUCAUUUAUUGGCAAAUACAAUUGCUUUUGUAUACUUGGAGCACAAACAAAUUUCAUCAAGCAAAUCAAAUCAAUCAUGUAGGCAAUACCCUGUCCAUAAUUAAGAACAAAAUAAUAAACGCUGUUUAGGACAGAGAGGAGAAAAACCAUACCCUGUCCAGUGACACAUCCCCGUAUAGGCCAUAUGCAGCUGUAAGGAUGUACCAUCUACCCCAGGGAGAUGGUUUGUUACUGUCAUAAUUAAGUCAUCUAAUAAUAAUGGAUAAUAAAAAAAUACAGAGGCUUGUGGUCCAGGGCGGAGGUUACUUGGGUUAAUUUUUGCUUGGCAUGUGCCACUGGUCUUGCAGAAUCCCUACCCCUACCCCUACCCCAUUAUAGCCUACACUUUAUUCUGUGGCCAAAUGUAGACCCCAUCUUAGUCACUUCUGGGAAAAUGUAAUUUUCGCGAUCCCAACUUAGUAAUUUUCAGCUCAUGCAUCUACUUUAUAAAGCCUUUUAACUAGGUCAUCCUGAGAUAAAUUGACACAUUCGUUAAACUUAAUGACCUACCUGAAUUUUCUGAGGCUCCAUUAUUGCCAAUCCAGCCGUGAAAAUGCACCCCCAUCCAGCAGCACAUCCCCAUUAGCCUAUUACUAGGAAGUAUCCCACCGGGUUGUGAUCCCAAUAUUGUCUCAAUAUUAUCUCAAUUUUUUUUGGUUGAGAGCUGUUGUUGAGAUCGUUUGUGGGAUGUUGUGGAGAGUUUAUACCCGUUUGAAUCUCUUCUCCUCAACGUUACGACAUUUGUUUGCUGUAAAGUGAUUACUUAAUGCCUUUUCGUAUGCACAAAAUGCUCCUGUAGAGUAAUGAAGAACUUAUCAUAGAAAUUUCAACAGGGAGCACUUAACAUUAUAACUUGAAAAAACUGGGUUUCAGCCCAUGUUCAUCCUUGCCACCCGUUUACAAACAGUUUUUAUGCCUAACUCUAUAGCCUUAAAUAACAUAACUGGACGAUUAUUGGAAUUCCAUUGAUGCGAAGAUACUCUUUAGCUUUGUAAAAACUGAGAGAGCAAAUAGCGUGACAUACAUGGAGCCUAUUUAAUCUUCCUAAUGCGUGGGCUUCACUUGACUCUUUCUAGGUCCUUGGUGUUAUUCGGUGUCCACUCUAUAUCAUGCGCGACAAAAAGGGUGGCUUUCCGUCAUUUUUAAGAAACAAGUUCGUGGGAAAUUCCAGAGAGCAGUUGCUUAUCGGAUUAGAGCACGCGAACGUGUUAACCCAACAGGAAAUCAGGGAGGCCGUCCAUUUGUCACAAUUAAUUCCAGAGAUCACGCCUAAACUCUGA